AUGGUACAUCAUGUCUACGAGAUUACUCAGACCUGUAAAUGAUUAUAUAAAAAAGAGAAACAAUGUUAUUCUGGCAGCAUGGUGAUUAGAUGAAUAUCAGAUGAGGUUUCACUUGAAGACAAUUCAAAUUAAAAUAAAUCAGAUCAUUUCGAGCUUAAUUCUGAGUCGGAAGAAAGUUAUGAUUGGCAAUUUUUUCGUGUAAAUAUGAAAACUCAUAAAAGGCCAAUAAAUAAAAUUGUCAAACAUAAUUACAGUCGAUCCGGAACUAAAUACUAUUGGGAUACAGAGCAUUGUGAUUUGUCGCUUAUGGAUGAUGUUUCCAAUCAAAUAUCAUCAUGGUUGAUCUUAACUGGAUCAGUAGCAAAUAGGAUCGGUAGACUUCAUGAUAUUGUAUUGGCUUCACUUUAUCCUGAGCAUUUAUCCAAAAUUGGACUACCUGAUGAAUCCGAAAAAUCAAAUCACUUGUCUAAUAAUUAUCGUCUUCACUCUGGAGUUGAUGAUCAAGUUUCGGGUCUUACCGGGACUCGUUAUUUCGAUUACAUUGAAUCAUAUGAACAUUCGAAAAUAUCAACACAACAAAUUGCAUUAGAAUUUCAUGGAGAACUUCAAACUAUUGAUUAUGUGAAUCGCGAUUUAACUCUAGUUUGGUUUGAGACAAAAUCUAGAGCAUUUAUUUCAGAAAAUCAUUUGGUUCUCAUUUCAUGGAACGAGGUGAGUAUUCAAAAGCGAAACACUUUACAACGUUUAAGACUUCGAGAUACUUUGGAAAGAGAAACAUCAGUGACACAUAAAAGUCGAAGAGGGAAGUAGUUUAUCGAUCACCGACAUUAGUCUUUUGGCAGCCGAUCGAUAGUUCAAGA